GAAGAAGCCACAUCAGUCAGUUGGAUUGGUACUGUAUCGACUGUCGAGAUGUUGACAACGCCUGCCACCCGCGCCCUUCGCGCCUCCGCCACCUCAAAUCUGUCGAAGAAUGCAGUGCGCUCUAUGGCCACGGUGCAGGAUGCGCCGCCGGUCCAGCGCCAACGUGGACUUCAGGACCAGGACCGCAUCUUCCAGAACUUGUACGGCCACCACGGUGCAGACCUCAAGAGUGCGAUGAAAUAUGGCGACUGGUACAAGACGAAGGAGAUGAUCCUCAAGGGACAUGACUGGCUCAUUUCAGAGAUCAAAGCCUCUGGUCUGCGCGGACGAGGCGGUGCUGGCUUCCCGUCUGGCAUGAAGUGGAGUUUCAUGAACUUCAAGGACUGGGACAAGGACACUAAGCCACGGUAUCUUGUUGUCAAUGCAGACGAGGGCGAGCCUGGUACCUGUAAGGACCGUGAGAUCAUGAGGAAGGAUCCGCACAAGCUUGUGGAGGGAUGCUUAGUCGCUGGCCGUGCGAUGAAUUGCUCGGCAGCCUACAUCUACAUUCGGGGCGAAUUCUACCACGAAGCCACCGUUCUUCAACGUGCUAUUCAGGAAGCCUACAAGGCCGGUCUAAUUGGCAAGAAUGCUUGCGGCUCUGGCUACGACUUCGACAUCUUCGUCCAUCGUGGCAUGGGCGCGUACGUAUGCGGCGAAGAGACCUCGCUCAUUGAAUCAUUAGAAGGCAAGCCUGGAAAGCCUCGCCUAAAGCCCCCGUUCCCAGCUGCGGUGGGCCUGUUCGGCUGUCCAAGCACAGUUGCCAACGUCGAGACCAUUGCCGUUGCACCGACCAUCAUCCGACGAGGCGCGAACUGGUUCAACUCUUUCGGACGCGAACGCAACGCUGGCACGAAGCUCUUCUGUAUUUCCGGCCAUGUCAACAACCCUUGCACUGUCGAGGAGGAGAUGUCCAUCCCACUCAAAGAACUCAUUGAUAAGCACGCCGGAGGCGUCAUUGGUGGUUGGGACAAUCUCAAAGCUAUCAUUCCAGGUGGCUCCUCGACUCCCAUCCUGCCGAAGAAGAUCUGCGACGAGCAACUUAUGGACUUUGAUGCACUCAAGGACUCACAAUCUGGUCUCGGCACAGCCGCGGUCAUCGUCAUGGACCAGUCCACAGACGUUGUCCGCGCCAUCUCUCGCUUGUCCAAAUUCUACCAUCAUGAGUCCUGCGGUCAGUGCACACCAUGCCGCGAGGGCAGUAAGUGGACGGAUCAAAUCAUGAAGCGUUUCGAGGCUGGCACGGCACGGGCGAGAGAAAUCGACAUGAUGCAGGAGCUCACGAAGCAAGUCGAGGGUCACACUAUCUGCGCUCUUGGCGAGGCUUUUGCGUGGCCCAUUCAAGGCUUGAUCCGACACUUCAGGCCGGAGCUGGAAGCACGUAUCCAAAGCCAUGCAAAGAAGGCGGGUGGUGAGGCGCUUGCGGGUGGAUGGCAGCACGAUGCGGGGAAGCACGGCAUGCUUAUUUCUCCUGGACAGUAGAGCUUUGUACAAUGUACAUUGAGAGGGCGUUCAUGGAGCAUCUGGCGUAGUGUACACAUGCAAUCGCGCUGACAGCGUUCUUGUAGCAGUCGUGUUUCUGGAUGCACGUGACUCAAUCGAUCUCAGUCCCGUGCUUUCCCCGCCCAUGACAAGCGGCACAGCGGAAACCGCUCGAACGUCACAUCAAGGUUGCCAAACCACCUAACAUGCAAACCCC